CUAAUUUCAGAAUACGGGCGUAUCUUACGGUUUCAAUCAAUAAAUUAUUAAUCAUAAAUAACAGAAAUUAAUCUUGAUCAUGCCAUUCAGUCAAUAUCUCCAAAGAAAUAUCAGAGAUAAAUGCUUACUUUUUCGACUACAGGUGUUUUCUCAUGAUCAACACGCUAUCACCUCAGACGGAAUGUCAACUAGUCAAUCCCCUCAUCCCAAUCGCUCGACCCCUAAACGUUCCUCUGGUGAAAUUCACAAAGGUGCCUCUUCCGGCAUAUCGUCCAAAGUGAAAGAAUCUGCCGCUGAGCUUAUUAAUUUUCAACAAGACUGGGAACGGCUUCAUACUACAGGCGUAGCUGUUCUCAACAGCAUAAAAAUUUUAAAACUGGACGCCUUCCGGCGUAACAGUACUGAACAGGUAUAUCCACAAGGAUUGCAGGAAAGAUGUGACCAACUUGAAAUUGUUGUGAACCAAAUGGAAUCAUCUCUGAAAAAUCUAGAAAUUUUAGUCCAACAAUUUGGUGCUUUGGUAGAACUUGAUAUUCUUCAAGGUGGAGGUAACGGUCCAGUAUUUCUAUCCUGGCCCACUGAAAAGUUCAACCAAGCAUUUCAAGACAUAUUUAAAGCUUAUUCCAAAGAAUUGUCUUUGAAAAAAGCCAUUAAGGAAGAUGUUGCCCAUUGCUCAACUAAAGAAAGCUUGAUCUACCACAUCACAUGCUGGACUUCACAGCCCUUCAUAGACAAUACCUGUCACCUUCUUCUAGUUAGUCUUUUUUGUGAAACAGGUUUAACAUAGAAGGUCAGUCAGGUAGGAUCUAAUUAUUACUUGGAGUUUCUGUGUGUGUAAAAAGCGUAUUUUCUUCAAAUAAAAUGGUAGAAUAAGUAAUCAA